UCCGGCGAAGCUCUUGCCGCCCCGUGGAUCCCCGGAUUUUCAAACUUUGGUGCCCGUUUAACCCAGGACAUCCCGGUCACGAGGUUUUCUUUUCCUGUUUUUGGUCGCCCUUUGGAUCAAGACUCGGCGUUUUCAGCUGGAAAUCGCGUCUUCGGGGGCCGUUCUCUUUCCUGUUAUACGUCUUUUUUUUGUUGUUGUUUGUUGUUGUUUUCGCACUUACUCUCGCCGCCCAAAAGGACAUCAUUGCAAGGACCAGUGCGCCAUCCAGGAUACCGUUUGGAAUUUCCAGCCCGGAACAGAAUACAGCGGUGUGAGAGUGACGGAGAGGAUAAAACCAUGGCAGACUUUGCCUACAGACCGCCUGCUCCCAUGGACAACGAGAGGUGGCUUUCGUCACGAAGCCCGCUCUACGGUAAUGCGUUCUAUAGCGCCAGGUUUGAGACGGGAAGCACUCCGUGUCUCCCGAAUAGCGUGACAUACGCACAAGGCGCUGCAUCCACACACCACCUGCCGGCCGACUUAGUGCCAGGAGGAGGCGUCCCUCAGCUCAGGCGAACCCCCGUCGAGCCCUCCUUCUCUCCCAUCCAGGCAUGCAAUACCCGAGUAGCGCAAGGACCAUUCACAACCAGCCCGGCCCCAGGGCAGGUUCCCUUUAAGAGCACAGGUUCGUGGUCUUGGGAUCAGCAACCAAGCUACCCAGCACACAACAGUCAAGGGCCCUACCAGGGCAGAUAUUCGCCAUCGGAUUCCAUGGAUGAGCUGGCCUCGCCGAGCCUUUCGGACUAUUCCCUGGAUAAGACCAUAAGCCCCCCCGCGGUUCCUAGCAGCAAAACCAGUAGCAGGAUGGGCGGCGGCGGAGGAGUGACAAAGCCGCGCUCUCAGAGGCGGCCGUCGAAUCGAGACGAGUUCGACGGCCCGCACCAGUUCCUCAAGCGGCCGCCGCCCGAGUAUAUUGCCAUGCAGGAGCGGGAGCUGCCCCAGCUGCCGACGCACCUGUUGGUACAGGAGCAGGAUAGUGUCCUGAACAAGGUCAACGAGCGGCUGUCGCAGUGCGCGUACGACUUUGUGGCCAAGUACCAGUUUCCGAUCCCGCUGACGCAGGACAUGCGGCCGGUUGAGCGCCCCCAGGACCGGGAAUGGACAGAGUGGGUAUAUCUCCUCAAGCGCCUGGCCACCAAGCGCCGGAUACCUGCGCGUGUGCUCUAUAACGGCCAGAUCAAGCAGUUUGUUACCAUACUGGAGAACUCGCUCGAAAUGCGACAUGCCACCAAGCAUCAGAGCCGCCCACUCAAGGAUGAUCGGAACAUUUUGCAGCUAAUCUCGGCGGGCAUACAGGUGGCCAAGAUCUUGAAGGAUGCUCCGGCUAUGGAGUACCUUGACAAACUAUACGUUUCCACGGAGCGGCGGAUCCAGGAGCGGGUUGCGGCAGCUGCCGCAGCUUCUAAUGCCAUGCGAUUGCGCUAGAGAGAUGGCGCUUCCAUGGGGCUCCUUUUUUUUGGGAUCAUUAUGUGUGUGCCGUGUUCACGGCCUGGUUGGCGAACUCCACCCAACAAUGUUUUUCU